GAAGGAAUGCAGCAACCUGCAAUGAACAUCUAAGUAAUCGCAAUAACACUCAGUUUGAGUUCUUGAUUCAUUUCAUUAUCGAUGCUAUGGCGCGUUAUGACGUUUUUCUGUGCUUUAGAGGGAGGGACACGCGCCACACCUUCACAGGUAACCUCUAUGCUGCUUUGCAGCAGGCUAGAUUCAGAACUUUCAUGGAUGAUGACGAGUUGAAGGGUGCCGACCAAAUUGCAUAUACUAUCGUUUUGGAAGCAUCCAGGAUUUCGAUCGUUGUUCUCUCCGAACACUUUGCAUUUUCCAGUUGGUGCCUUGAUGAACUAGCUAAAAUCGUAGACUGCAUGAACACAAAGAACCAAGCCGUUUUUCCAAUCUUUUACGAAGUUGAUCCGUUCUAUGUAAGGCACCUGAAAGGUAGUUUUGGCGAGGCCAUGGUUGCCCAUGAAGCUAGGUUCGGAAAGGACUCUGAGAGAGUAGAGAAAUGGAGGUCAGCUUUGAUUCAAGUGACCAACUUGUCAGGAUGGUGUUUUGCAAGAGGAAGGUGGUGCGAAUACGAAUAUGAAUUCAUUGAAAGGAUUGUGCAACAUGUGACCAAGUUGGUACCCCGCUACAGAAUUUUUGUGAGUUUUAGUGGAAAAGAUACACGCUCCUUCACUGGUUUUCUCUGCAAUGCUUUGAGCCGAAGUGGAUACAAUACUUUCAUCAGUGAUGGGGAACAGAGUUCACAAUCUACUGUUGGGGUUAUUGAAAAAUCAAGGCUUUCAAUCAUUGUCUUUUCUGAAAACUAUGCACGUUCCCCUUCCUGUCUUGAUGAGCUUUUGAGGGUCCUUGAGUGCAUGGAGAUGAAAAACCAGCUGGUUUGCCCCAUCUUUUACAAAGUGUUACCAUCGGAUUUAAGGCAUCAGAGAAGAAGUUAUGGUGAAGCCAUGAUUGAACAUGAAAAUGUGAUGGGUGAAAACUCUGAGAAGGUCAAGAAAUGGAGGUCAGCUUUGUUUCAUGUCGCCAACUUGAAAGGAUGGUGCAUGAAAACAGGGUACGAAUACGAAUUUAUUGAAAAAAUCGUGGAAAUGGCCAGUAAAAUUUAAAAUGUCCUCAACUUUAGUGAACUAAGAAAUUGCUGUGGUUUCUUCAAGUUGAAGGAAGAUUUGAGGAAUUUUCCAUUGCCGUGGAACCCAGAACUGAUGAAGUAAUUCAACAGAUGGUUCUUUCAGCAGUUUUUAGCUCACA